AUGGCCCCUUCUGCUAUUUCAAGCAGUCCACCCGCCUCUACAGCAAACGGUACCUCUCCCUUUGCCAGCUAUCGUGGAUAUGAUCAUGUCCACUGGUAUGUUGGCAACGCCAAGCAAGCUGCAAGCUACUACAUCACUCGCAUGGGCUUCAAGCGUAUCGCCUACAAGGGCCUCGAGACUGGAAGCCGUACUACCUGCUCCCAUGUUAUUCGCAACGGUGACAUUACCUUCAUCUUAACCUCCCCACUCCGCUCCUUGGAUCAAGCUGGUCGCUAUACCCAAGAAGAACAAGACACCCUCCGUGAGAUUCACCACCACCUUGAGCAGCAUGGUGAUGCAGUGAAGGAUGUCGCCUUCGAGGUAGAUGAUGUAGAAGCGUUGUACUCUGCUGCUGUCAAAAAUGGUGCCAAGUCUGUCUCAGAGCCUUCCAUCAUCAAGGAUGAAGGAGGUCACGUCAAAGUUGCAACCAUUCAAACAUACGGUCAGACGACACAUACAAUCAUUGAGCGCAAUCAAUAUCAUGGUUCUUUCCUUCCUGGAUAUCGUCUGGAGGAAGUGGAGGAUCCACUUGCCAAGUUCUUGCCCGGCGUGAAGCUUAACCGUAUCGAUCACUGCGUUGGAAACCAAGACUGGGAUGAGAUGGAUAAGAUUUGCGAAUAUUACGAGAAGGCCCUUGGCUUCCACCGCUUUUGGUCCGUUGAUGACAGUCAGAUUUGCACCGAAUUCUCUGCUUUGAAGAGUAUCGUCAUGUCAUCACCAAAUGAAAUGGUGAAGAUGCCCAUCAACGAGCCCGCCAAGGGAAAGAAGCAGUCUCAAAUCGAGGAGUACGUGGACUUCUAUAAUGGAGCCGGUGUUCAACAUAUCGCCCUUCAGACCGACGACAUCAUCCGGGAUAUCACCAACCUCAAGGCACGGGGUGUGGAGUUCAUCAAGGUCCCUGAAACAUAUUACACCGAUUUGCAGGUGCGACUGAAGAAGUCUAAGCUAGUUCUGAAGGAAGAUUUUGAGACGAUCCGAAGCUUGGAUAUUUUGAUUGACUUUGACGAGGGUGGUUAUUUGCUCCAGCUCUUUACCAAGCAUGUUAUGGAUCGACCUACUGUAUUCCUUGAGAUUAUUCAGCGCCACAACUUCUCUGGCUUUGGAGCUGGAAACUUCAAGUCGCUAUUUGAGGCUAUCGAGCGUGAACAGGAUCUUCGAGGAAAUCUGGUUUGA